CUACCUCCGGUCCAAUCACAGUGUUAGGUUUGAAACUACUGGAUUCAAACUAUUUUGUGAGUUUUGGAUUUCACCAGGCGAGUAGUAAAUAAGGAAAAGUAGAAAUAUGUAUAAUGUUGAAAUUAUUCGUGUGUAAACAUAGCAUAACUGAAAUACAUAAUCUAAGCAGUAAACAUGGAAGGGAAAGUAAUUGGCCCUGGUCCGUACCGAGCUACAAAACUGUGGAAUGAAACAAUUAAGCUGUUUCGUGCUGGCAUGCCACUGAGGAAGCAUCGGGUUCAUUUCCGUACCUAUGAAAGCUGUUUCGCUGCUUCCGAAGCUGUGGACUGGCUACACGAGCUGCUUAAAAGUAACCAGAACUUUGGCCCCGAGGUCACCCGUACUCAGACUGUACAGCUGCUAAAGAAAUACUUGAAAAAUCAUGUGAUAGAGGACAUAAAGGGAAGGUGGGGCAAAGAAGACUUUGAGGACAAUGGACAAUUGCACAGGUUUCCUCCAUCAUCCCCACUAAAGCCAUAUCCUAAAAGGCCCCAGCACACUGAAAAGAAUUGUAUUCCCAAAUUUCCAAAAUGGGAUGAUUAUGAACCAAUGUCUUCACAGGAUAAGAAUCCAAUAAGGCCACUUGUUCUGAAUGCAGAGUCUUGGAACAAGCGGCACAGCAUUGCGAUUGGAGAGGUGCAUGAGUGCAAGCUUGUACACAGGAGAGAAAUCUCACCAAGGAACGUGGAGCACGUUUGGAAAUCGAUGACUCUUGCACAUUUACAGAAGAUAGUGGGACUGGAAUCCCUCAGUGGAGUGCUGGACUCAAAACUGAUGAACCCCAAGCAUAUACUUUACAAUGUGUACAAUACCAAUAAGCAAGGAGUUGUGGUUCUGCAAGACAAAUCCGAAGAGCUUCCUCAUUGGGUUUUAUCUGCCAUGAAAUGCUUAGCUAACUGGCCUAAUGGUAGUGAGCUUAAACAGCCGAUGUAUCCUGGGUUUGAGAGAGACGUCUUGAAAACAGUAGCAGAUUACUUUCACAAACUGAAAGAGCCCUUGCUCACUUUUCAGCUCUAUGAUAUUUUCGUCAAUAUCCUUGGCCUUCUGCAGAAGCAACAAAUUGCAACCGAAGCCCUUCAGGUUUGCUGUCUUCUCCUGCCUCCAGUGAACAGGAGAAAGCUGCAGUUAUUGAUGAGACUGAUGGCACGGAUAUGUCAGAAUACUCAGAUCCCACCACUCAAUGAUGCCAUUGAGACCAGAACACUGAUGGUUCAGACCUUUUCUCGUAGUAUCUUGUGUUCAGCGGAUGAGGUUGACUUGGAUGAACUUCUGGCCACUAAGCUGGUAACAUUUAUGAUGGACAAUUAUGAUGAGAUCCUGAAAGUUCCUAAUCGGCUACAGAGUGCAGUUGAGGAGCAUUUAUCCCACAUGCGAAGAGUUCAGAUAAAAUAUGCUGGAGCCGAUGCAGAUGCCACUCUUCUGUCUCAGUCCUACUGCAAACAGAUCAGCAAAGAAGAGUUUGAUGAGCAGAGAGCCAGUAGCUCACUAGCUCCAAUGGCAGAAUUGCUGGAAGGGAUCAUUAAGGAUAAAGAACUGUCCAUUAAAGACAAAAAGAAGAAACUUAAACAGUUUCAGAAGUCUUAUCCUGAAGUCUACAAAAAGCGACUUCCCACAGUGGAAAGUGAGGCAGCUCUGUUUCCAGAAAAACCUACGUUUAAGCCUCAGCUGAUGUUUUUCACUCUGAAGAAACCAUUCCAGCCAUUUCAAAGAACUAGGAGCUUCCGAACGUGAGAUUCAGCUUUGGUUGCAAAUUUCUAAUUAGUCAAACUUUUAUUGCUAUCAGUCACUUCACAAAGAUGUAACUACUGAAAGAAAUCCUGAGUUGUUGGGUUUUUUUUUUUUUACUCAUAGUUUUCACUCUCAGAAUAAAUUACAAAGCUAAAAGUGCAGUAAAUCUAAAGGCCAACUUGGUCUUUUGAAAUCUCUUUACUUAAUACCUUCUCGGGGCUAUCUCUAAGCAGUCCAGCAUAAAAAUAUACAUCCAACCAGAGAUUAUUUAUUUAUUUAUUUAUUUUGAUCAAACAAGGUCACCAAGGUGUGUUGCACCCUUCAAAAUCUGGACUGCAACUCACUAUCAAACUGUUAAUAAGAAUGAAUUUAUAGGAGAGGAAAAUGUUACAUAAAAUGAACUAGAACUGUUCUGCUGCAUAGUGUUUACAAGGAAUAUUUAUAGGCCAUGUUAAAGUACUACUAACAUUUCACCUGUACACAAUACAUGAUUAUUUAGUCUAGGAUUUGCACUUUUUUUCUGUUUCAGUUGUCUGUUAAAUGAUUACUGUACCCGGAACAUGGCAUGCAUGUGCAUUUCUUUAAACUAGUAUAUACCAAUAAGAUGUAGAUACACUGGAAUAAUCGCUGUUAUAUUUAGUGCAUUAAAGAAAUGUUUGUGAGUUUUCACAUCUGUUGCAUUUGGUCAGUGCUUCAGGUGCAGGUUGGUAUUAAAACAAUUCUAUGGCAUGUGUUUGACCAGAUACUGUAAUUGCACCAAACUGGAGGGAUGCAUUAUUCUAUGGAACUUUAACAAUAGAAUACAUUCAUGAUGUGUGUUCGGUUUAUGCAGGUACAAGGAUAUUUAAAUGUGUGUUAGAAUUAGUUUUGUUACAUUUCAGUUAAGUAGGACAUGCUUUUGUGCCAAUACUGUAAUUCAAGGUCUUGCUGACUAGUGAUUCCUUUAUUGGAUGUAUUUGUAUUUCCUACUGUGCAAUUCCCUUUGCUGUCGGCCACCAGUUUUAAAUGUUAAUCUUUGGAGCACAAUUUUCUACCUCUGCAUGUGUAUCUUGUGUGGUGCCCUGUCUAAAGAUAUCUUGUAAAAUGUAAGACAUUUCACACCAUGUCAGACAAAGUAUUUCAUUUUUUAAAUGUUGACAAUUCAGCAAGACUGACUAUGCUUUCACCCUUUUGGUGUCUGUAAAUACACACUGUAAGAACCACAGUCAAACAUUUUCAAUCUAAUCCACCAAUAAAAGACACAUGUAGGCAGUGAGUCCUGUUGCUGCUUGUAGUUACUUGAGUUGUUAAAGAUUGUUAUACCAUUGUAAAAUCUGCCCUGGUUUAUAGGUGUCCAAGUUAUAUAACUGGACACACUUGUUUUAUCAGAAGGUUCAACACACACUUUUGUGAUAAAUCACUUCUGUGUUUGUACUUUCUAAUUUAGGAAUUUGAUGCCGUGCAGCCUUAGAGUUGCUGUGUGACCUGACCUACGUGCAAUGU